GUGAGGUUAGUUUUUCUUAACUUUGAUGGCUGCUAAUGUUUAUCUAUUUCUCAAAUUCCUAAAAUACCCUUCAGACAAAUAGAAGUUUCUUCCUGACCCCUUCACCUCCGCCUCCCCUAAGAAACAGUUGGGAUCUAUGGGCAAUGAAGGUUGAAGAAGAGAAAAUUAAGACUGAGAAAGUGGUUAUUCACAGGCUCCUUUGAUUCCAAGAAUGAUUCAUGUUCUUUGUUACCAUGGAACCACUGACGUUCCAUCGGACCACCGUUUCAAUUUCUGCAACAGAAAGACCAUUGUUUGGUGGAGCAGUUUCCUUUACUUUCACACUUAAGUUUGAGGUUAGUUUUGUAAUUUACCUUUCAUGUCUCUGUUUGUUUAAUAUACAUUCUUCAGUCUAUAAGAAAGUUCAAAAUUUCAAUUGUGGGAUGUGAGCAAUAUUCGUGAAGUUCCUGAUCAUCAGGUUUGUUUCUUUCUUCCAUGCUAUUACAAUCAUACAAUUUUUAACAACUUCAGUUUAAUCCCAAAUUGAUUGAUAAAUUGUGCAUCUAAUUAUUAUCUCCUUAUUUGUUAUUGGAUAUUUAUUUGUUCAGGAUGUAUUUUUGGAUCUUGCACGCGAUGAAAGCUUGAUAUUUGAGCUUUUAGAAUUGAAACAUGAUAUUGAAGACAAUGGAAGUGCUACUUGGUUUUUACAAGCCCUUGCUCGAGAACAAGGCGCAAAGGGCAAUAUCGUAAUUUCCUUUGUGGAAGUGACUGAGCAAUCAGCAAUGUUUGAGGCUCCUGAACUCCAAUUUAGAAACUUGCCAGCUGUCAUAACAACUACUACUACGCAAAUGUGGCCUAUCACAAUUUGAAAGAGAUGGUGACGAUUUAUAGCAACCCUGACAAUGGGAAGAAAGAUUACAAGUUUGGGUUUAGGUUCAUUGUACAUUCUUAUAGUUAAUAAAAAUGAUUUUUAAUUAAUUUUAUGGAUAUGAGGUUGGUGGGAUGCGUCACAGCAACAAAAAUGCAAUGUGAGUGAGUGUUUUUAAGUUUUUAUUUAUUUAUGUAUUUCAGAUGCUUAAUUAUUUGUCGAUUUCUGUGGAUGAUGAUACUUCAUAGGCUUUAAUACCGGCUGCACUCUCUGAUCGGGUGACCUUACCACUUCGUUUGUAUUUUCUUUAACUGAUCUUUGUUUUUUUAAAACUAUUGAGUGGUUAUUUAAAACACUUAAUGGUGGUGAAUAUAUAAUUGCAGGGACAAUAAUCAUUUCAUCAUAUUUUGGUUUUGUGUCUUUUCUGGAAAUUUUUAUAAGUUUGCUCUUAAAUAUGUCAAAAGUUGGAUAAGAUCUUAAAACAUGUUUUUUUUUUUUUUUUUUGAAUUUCUUGCAGCUGUUGUAGAGGUGAAAAAUUACUGAUUUACCCUUUUCACAUCUAGAUAUGAACCCCUGGAUGUUGGGACAAGACUUCAUCCUAUAGAAGGAUCAUCUUGCUAAGAAAUCAAGGUUAAUUUCGGUUGGUGGUUUACAACCACCAUUAACAGCCUAUAAAUGAAAGGAUCUGGACAGAAUUUGAGGGCCAAUAAACACACAAACUUUCUCUCAAAAAUCGUCUAUCUUUCCAAAGGGAUCAUGGUGAAUUUCGACAGAUUCAAGAUCUGUUCUUGAAUUGGAUUGUUGUAUCCUCAAGACAGACCCAUCCCAGGGAAAUUUCUGUCUUAGGACACUGCUAAAGCAGGCCUCAAUCUCUACAAUUUCGUGGUUAUAUUUCUGUGUUAUCAUCAAACAAGUAUGUUUUCUGUAAAUUUGAUUCUUGUAUAUUAAAUAUAUCUGAAUUUAGUUUAUUUUAUUUCAUUACUUUGUUGAUUGUGUACUUCUGUAAUAACAUUCUAAGACAGAAAUCAAAGAGUGAAGAAUGGAUCAAAAUUCCAUCAUCAAAACACAUGUGGAAAAGCCUGAGAAAUUCAAAGGCUCAGAUUUCCGGAGAUGGCAACAGAAGAUGUUGUUCUAUCUAACAACUCUUCAUGUUUCCAAUGUUCUCACUGAUGACUCCCCCUCUCCUCCUGUUGGUAUAACCACUGCAGAAGGAACAACACCACCCAAUGAAGCCCAAUUGGCAGAACAUCAAAGGGCAGUGGAAACUUGGAACAUAAAUGAAUAUAAUUGCAGAAAUUAUAUUCUGAAUGCCCUGGAUGAUUCUCUCUAUGAUAUCUACUCUACCAUGACUACUGCAAGAGAGAUAUGGGAAUCACUGGAAAAGAAAUACAAAACAGAAGUGGCAUGUUCCAAGAAAUUCGUGAUUGGAAAAUUCAUGAAUUUCAAGAUGGUGGAUACCAAAUCUGUCCUCAAACAAGUGGAGGAAAUUCAAGUCAUUGCACAUGAUCUUGAAGUUGAAGGUAUGGGUAUAAACUCUAACUUUCUUGUUGGUUCAAUCAUUGAAAAACUUCCUCCUUCUUGGAAGAAUUUCAAACUAUAUCUUAAACACUUAACUGAUGACAUGAGUUUUGAGCAACUUGUGUUGAGAAUUCGUGUGGAAGAAGAUAACAGAUUGAAUGAGAAGGCAGAUGCGAAUUCCUUGGAACCAAGUGCAAACUUUGUUGGAGAAACAAGCACUUCAAGGACAAAGCACAACAACAAGAAAGGGAAGCAAGGCUCCAAAAACCCUUCCAAAGAUGGCAAAAAUCAUGGCCCUAACAAGAAGAAUUUCAAGAAGAAUUCUGGUCCAUGUUAUGUUUGUGGCAAAAUUGGACACAAGGCCAAAGAUUGCAGAUUCAGGAGGGGUCAAGGAGGAAACAAUGGAGGAAAUAAUGGAGGGAACAAUGGAGGGAACAAUGGAAACAAUGGUGGCAAUUCUGGUGGAGGAAAUUCUGGUCAAGCCAACAUGGUUGAAUCACCAAAUCAAUUUGUUGCUGUGAUUCAAACCAACAUGGUUAGCAAUUGUGUGGAUUGGUGGAUUGAUACUGGAGCCACAAGGCACAUUUGCAACUCCCGAACCAUGUUUUCUACAUACCAGAAAGUCUCAGAUUCUGAACCAAUGUUUAUGGGGAAUGGCUCUACUGCAAAAGUUGAAGGAAAGGGAAAAGUGAAGCUACAACUGACUUCUGAAAAAGAACUUAUUUUAAAUGAUGUUUUGCAUGUUCCUGAUAUUACUAAGAAUUUGAUUUCUGGUCCUCUUCUUAGUAACAAAGGUUUCAAACUUGUAUUUGAGUCUGAUAAGUUUGUUCUCACCAAGGGUGGGGUGUAUGUUGGAAAGGGAUACCUUAGUGAGGGUCUCUUCAAAGUCAGUGUCUUACCUUUGUACUAUGGUGUUGAAACACCAAACAAUGAUGUAACCAAUGUUAAUGUUAAUGCAAUAACGGGCACUACUAGCCCCUCUUCUAUGUAUAUGCAUGAUCCUUCAAUUUUGUGGCAUUCUCGUUUGGGACAUGUCAAUUUUCGCUCUAUUCAAAGAAUGGCAAAACUUGGCAUGUUACCAAAAUGUUCAUUAGAUAAAAAUUUAAAAUGUGAGGUUUGUGUAGAAUCAAAAUUUUCACAACAUCCUCAUAAAUCAGUUGAAAAAUCUAAUGAAAUACUUGGCUUAAUCCACUCUGAUUUAUGUGAUUUUAGAGCAACACCUACAAGAGGAGGAAAGAAUUAUUAUAUAUCCUUUAUUGAUGAUUGCAGCAAGUAUUGUUAUAUUUAUUUAUUAAAUAUCAAAGAUGAAGCCUUGAAUUAUUUUAAGAAUUACAAGGCUGAAGUUGAAAAUCAACUUGACAAAAAGAUCAAAAUUCUAAGGUCUGAUCGAGGAGGAGAAUAUGAAUCCAAAGACUUUGCUGAAUUUUGUUCUUUAAAUGGUAUUAUACAUCAAACAACUGCUCCAUAUACUCCCCAACAAAAUGGAGUGGCAGAAAGGAAAAAUAGAACAUUGAAAAACAUGAUUAAUUCAAUGUUAAUUACUUCUGGAGCACCAUAUAAUCUGUGGGGAGAAGCAUGUCUUGCAGCAAAUUCAAUACUUAAUAGAAUUCCUCAUAAAAAGAGUGAUAAAUCACCCUAUCAUCUGUGGAAAGGGAGGUUACCCUCUUACAAAAGGAUGAAAGUGUGGGGUUGCCUUGCUAAAAAGUUAAAAUGAUUACGAUACAAAAACGUUUACAUGCAAAUGAAAAUACAGAAGAAUACAUAUGAUGAAGGCACGUGUCCACAAGUGUGAAAUUUAGCCAAAAUACUACUAAAAGAGAGAGAAUGGCAACAUGUUUACUUAACAUUUUUAGCAGACAUUGUAAAAACUAAAAACAUUAUUUGAUGUUGAAAUUUAGUACAUAUGUUUGUUUUAUUGAAACAAAAUAUAUAAUAUUAGACAUGACUAAAAAAAUUAUGUAUCUAUUAUUUGGCAAAACAUGACGGGUACAAAACAUCAUGUUAAAACUACAAAAUCUUUGUUGACAAAAAAAAAAAAAAAAAAAAAAAAAAAAAACUACCGACCUAAAUAAAAAAAGACAUAUGAAUACAAAAAGAAGAUGAUUAAACCUAUAUAGAAAAAGUAUUAAAUUCAAGAAAAUAACUAAUCUAUUGUAUGUAAUUAUGCAUCAACUCUUCGAUGAAUUUGUUUUCUUCUAUGAUGAUCUUAUGAUAAAAGAACUUAUUCUCUUAUGUAAAAUCAAUACAUUUUAUUAUUAAUGCAAAUAUAUAUUUAAAAGUUGAUUGAUUUUUCAAAAUAGACAAAAUUACAAAAAUGGUCCCUGUGGUUUUUCAAUUUCUAUGGGUAAGGUAAAAAAAAGGUUUAUUAAUAAAAAAUAUCCCUAUUUGAUGGUUUUGUUGCGAUUUUGAUCCCAAUCUCGUUGAGUUUAACAACAUGCUGUUAACUUUUGGCAAAUGACGGAUUAACUCUUGGGACCAUUUUUGUAGUUUUAUCUUUUUACCAAAACUGCAAAGACAAAUUAUGCAAUUUUUAUUUUUUAUUUUAUUGAAUUAUUAUAUAUUAAUUAUUUUAAUUACUUUUUUCUUUUUAACUUUUUUCUUAUUAUAUUAUUUUUUUAUUAGAUU